AUGAAGACUAAAGAAAGAAGAAAUAGGGAAAAAGAUGAAAUGAUGAAAUUUAAGGUAUCCGGCCUUGUGGCCGAUUUGAUGCCAAAUAUAAGACUCAUCCAGGCUUCUGGACAUUUCAUGUUUAACUAUCACGCCGACAAUUCUGGAUCGCUACAUACCUUAAGAGUUGGAUACUGCUGUAUCCAUUUAGUUUUAUGCUUAGUUCAAUACGGAUGCACUUUUGGUAACUUAGUAGUAGAACGAGAAGACGUUAAUGAUUUAGCGGCCAAUACAAUCACUGUCCUGUUCUUCACUCAUUGUAUAACGAAAUUUGUCUACUUUGCACUAAGGUCAAAAUUAUUUUAUAGAACAUUAGGAAUAUGGAAUCAACCAAACAGUCAUCCAUUAUUUAUAGAGUCCAACAACCGAUAUCAUGCACUGGCUUUGAAAAAAAUGAGAACUCUGUUGAUCUGCGUUGUUGCAACUACAGUGCUCUCAGCAGCAGCAUGGACUGGUAUAACAUUUGUCGGAGACAGUGUUCAUAACGUAAAGGAUCCCAACAACGCAAACGAAACCAUCGUAGAAGAAAUUCCUCGACUGCUGGUAAAAUCAUGGUAUCCGUUUAAUGCAAUGUCGGGUGGAGCUUAUUUCAUUUCUCUAGGUUUCCAGAUCUAUUACGUGUUCUUCUCACUUAUGCACGCUAAUCUCAUGGACAGUUUGUUCUGUUCAUGGCUGAUUUUUGCUUGCGAGCAACUGCAGCAUUUGAAGGAGAUUAUGAAACCGCUCAUGGAACUAUCAGCAUCUUUAGAUACGUAUGUUCCUAAGAGUGCGGAUUUAUUCAGAGCCCCAAGCGCAACAUCCCAAGAUAAUCUUAUUGAAAAUGAUUAUAAUACGAAAAAUGAAGAAUUAAACCUUAAAGGGGUAUAUAAUACCAGGCAAGAAAUGGGAGCCAACUUUAGAUCUGGAGCACUGCAGACAUUUGGACCAGGAGGCGGAGGUGUUGGACCAAACGGACUAACAAAGAAACAAGAACUUAUGGUCAGAUCGGCUAUCAAGUACUGGGUAGAAAGACAUAAGCACGUUGUGAGAUUAGUAACAGCCAUUGGCGAUGCUUAUGGUGUUGCUCUUUUACUACAUAUGUUGACGUCAACUGUUAUGCUGACUUUGCUAGCUUACCAAGCAACCAAGAUAAAUGGUGUUAAUCCCUACGCAGCAACUGUUAUUGGGUAUUUGGUUUAUGCCUUGGCUCAAGUGUUUCAUUUCUGUAUUUUUGGUAACAGACUUAUUGAAGAGAGUUCUUCAGUUAUGGAGGCAGCUUACAGUUGUCAUUGGUAUGACGGAUCCGAAGAAGCAAAGACUUUUGUACAAAUCGUCUGCCAACAAUGUCAAAAGGCUAUGUCAAUUUCGGGAGCAAAAUUCUUUACAAUCUCACUCGACUUGUUCGCUUCGUUAGAACAGAAAAUAGGUCACGAAGAAAACCGAAAAUUGAUUAAAAUUGUAGCAAUUGUAGCAAUUGUUAACUGA